GAAUUGGUUUAGUGUUGAUGUGCAUGCCUGCAGUGAGCUACAGAUGGUCUACUUAGCAGGAGUUGCUAAUAAGAAAGAUGAAGUGCAACAUAUUUUACCAAUCUCUUCUGACAUGCCACUUUCAAACCAAAGGUUACAACAAUUUAUAAAACUACUGAAACCACAUAAAUGUAAAGAAGACCUGUCACCUUCAGGAUCCAGUGAUGUCAUCACAAGCAGUAAACACAGCUUUGUUCAGCUAGCUGUAAACGACUCAGAUUCUACUAUUGUGUAUUACAAAAUAUCAGAUGAACUGAUUCCACCCGAUCCACCAAAACAAACACUGCUCAAAGAAGUUGGCAAAGGCAAACGCAGAAAAAGGAAAGCAAUUUUGCUACCCCAGCAACCAGAUGAGCCUGUGACAGAUGAUGAGAAUUGGGGAGAUGAACUUUGACCUCACAGUGCUUGCUGAUA